AUGGAGAUGCAGUCGUAUCACACCAAGCUCUUGGGAGAGUUGAAUGAGCAGCGCAAGAGGGACUUUUUCUGUGACUGCAGCAUCAUCGUGGAAGGGAGGACCUUCAAAGCCCACAGGAAUAUUUUGUUUGCCAACAGCGGCUAUUUCCGGGCCCUGCUGAUUCACUACAUUCAAGACAGCGGGAGGCACAGCACAGCCUCGCUGGACAUCGUGACCUCGGAGGCCUUCUCCACCAUCUUGGAUUUCCUCUACUCCGGGAAGCUGGAUCUGCGCGGGGAGAACGUGAUUGAGGUGAUGUCCGCGGCCAGCUACCUGCAGAUGACCGACGUGGUCAACUCCUGCAAGACGUACAUCAGGUCGUCGCUGGACAUCUGCCGAAAGAUGGAGAAAGAAGCCGCCGCCAUCGUCGCCGCCGCCUCGUCCCACCGGUCCGACGGCGAGAGCUCGGCCCCGGUCGGGGACGGGCCGUUCUCUGGACCGAAGGGCCUUCGUCCCGUUUCCGUCUCCCCGUCCCCGGACGGGGCGGAGAUCUCCGACUGUCGGAGGGAUCCUCCGUGUGCCGACUACGCCGGCCGCCCCCCGGAACCGGUGGCCGGGGACCCCCUGGGCCGCGGUCCCGUGGCCGCCAUCCCGCCUCCGCCCAAAGGGGUGGAACCCAAAGUCGAAUUGGACUCAGAGCAGGUGAUGGAGGACGGGUUCCCCUCCGGCCAGGCCGCGGACUUAGCUUGCAAUAGCUACCACGUGAAGCAGUUUCUGGAGGCCCUGUUGCUCAACGGGGCUGCCCCCAGGAAAGACGACGUGGCCCACCAGCUUCCGCGGGGCCCGGAGGAGGCCGUGAGCUCGGUGAUGGACGUCCAGACGGAUUGGUACGGGGAGGACGCAGGUGACCUGCUGGUGGCACCCAUUAAGCUGCACAAGUGCCCGUUCUGUCCGUACACGGCCAAGCAGAAGGGAAUCCUCAAACGGCACAUCCGCUCUCACACCGGGGAGAGGCCAUAUCCUUGUGAGACGUGCGGCAAGAGGUUCACACGCCAGGAGCACCUGCGGAGUCACGCUCUGAGCGUCCACCGGUCCAACCGGCCGAUCAUCUGCAAGGGCUGCCGCAGAACCUUCACCAGCAGUGCGUCACCGGGGCUCCGGCGAUUCGGCUUGUGCGACGGUUGCACGUGCGUGACGACCACCCAGGACGACCCGGCGGCGCCCGUCAGCCUCGGCCGGGUGGAAACCUCCUCAGAGGGUCGGGAGAAGGGCGACCCGGACGGCGACUGGCCCAUCUACGUGGAGUCCGGGGAGGAAAACGACCCCGCCGGAGACGAUUCCGACGACAGACACCACGUCCACCGGGGCCUGUCGGACCGAGACGCGCUCAUGUAGCGACCGGUUGGGGAGGGGACCGGUUAUAUUUCCCGUCUUCACAGGCCCGCUCCGGUUCGGAGCCGCAAGUCGACCCAGUCGAACGGAGCACUAAAAGAUGGGGUUUUUAAAACGGUUACAGAGCCCCGUUUAAGAUGGAACCGACGUGGUAGGGGUUGGAUUUUUUCGGAUUCCCAAGUGGUUUUUAACUCUUCUGUGAUGUGCACUGAAUUCCAUGGAGUUUAUACAGGGUGAACUGAGGCCAGCGUCAAAGGGCUUCUUCUUUCCCGCUGUCAACGCGAACCCUGGUUAUGAGGGGAAAACCUCCCAGCUCGCUCUCAUACUGUGACUCUUCCCGCUUCACUGCCACAGCCCCUAAUGUCAGAGAGACACCACCUCCUCUCUUAUUAAAGGGAGCAAGAUCCCUUUAAUCAAUCAAUAAAUACAGUUGAUGAUGAGCAAGAGUAAACGUCCGUCGCAGACUCAUCUGGGCUCUGCUAAUCCCGUUUCACCUACUCAAUCUCAAAUCUCGCUAGGGUGAAAGUUUGGGGCAGGACUCGAUCUAGAAGUCGGCAAAAAUUUGGAAGGAAAAUUUUUAAAAAUCGGGCAGUUACGCCUGUUUCAACAAGCAAGGGUUAUUGCUUAUGGGCUCCUCCUUAAGCCUAGCUCCUAGAAGACCUAAUGGAGUCUUUGGGUCUUUCAGUUUAUUUUUUGUGAGGUUAUGUGCAGCUGCCCUUCAGGGCUUACAACUGGGCCCCCUCAGGCAUUGUGAUCUUGAA